UGCUGGGCACGGGUGGGCGGAGCUAGUGGGCGCACUGCUGGGCACAGGUGGGCGGAACUUGCGGGUGGCACUGCUGGGCACCGAUCAUCAGGGCACUGAUCAUCAGUGCCCUGAUGAUCGGUGCCGAUCCCCGCUCUGACAACUGCCGGUUCUCGGCAGUACUUUCCUCACGAUCUGACAGCGUGAGGAAAGUGCAGCCGAGAACCGGCACUUGCAUUUCCCUCUGAUCAGCCCCCAGCAGUGCCAGCUGUCAGUGUCCAUCAAUGCCACCUGCCAGUGCCCAUCAAUGCCACACUAAUGCCACAUAUCAGUGCCUACCAGUGCACAUCAAUCAGGGCCCAUCUGAGCUGCCUUUCAGUGUCACCUAUCAGUGCCAGUCAGUGCCACCUAUCAGUGCUGCCAAUCAGUACCACCUAUCAGUGCCAGUCAGUGCCACCUAUCAGUGUGUAUCAGUGCCCAUCAGUGCUGCCUAUCAGUGUCAGUCUAUGCCACCUAACAGUGCCAGUCAGUGCCACCUAUCAGUG